AUGUGUAAUGCAAGUGAUUUUGCAAUGGGUGCAGUUCUGGGGCAGCGUGUUAACAAAGUAUUUCAGACUAUUUAUUAUGCCAGCAGAACACUAAAUGGUGCUCAAUUGAAUUAUGCCACCACUGAGAAAGAGCUUAUUGCCAUUGUAUAUGCAUUCGAUAAAUUCAGGCCUUAUUUGAUGGGGAACAAAGUUAUUGUGUAUACGGAUCACUCAGCAAUCAGGCAUCUUAUUUCUAAGAAAGAUGCUAAACCCAGACUUAUUCGUUGGGUACUUCUUUUGCAAGAGUUUGAUAUGGGGGUUCGGGACAAGAAGGGUACAAAGAAUUUGGUAGCGGAUCAUUUAUCAAGACUUGAGUUGGGGGAUGAAUCCGAAAUUGCUGCAGGGGAAAUUAAUGAAAGUUUCCCAGAUGAACAAUUAUUUGCAAUGGAAGAUGAGUUGGUGCCAUGGUUUGCCGACUAUGUGAAUUAUCUGGCAGCCAACGUAGUGCCACCAGAAUUUGCAGGACAGAGAUUGAAAAAGUUUUAUCAUGAUAUGAAGCAUUACUACUGGGAUGAUCCUUUCUUAUUCAAGCAAUGUCCGGAUUUGAUUGUCAGAAGAUGUGUGCCUAAAAGAGAAAUGAAGGACAUCUUGUUUCAUUGUCAUGCAUCACCUACUGGUGGACAUUUUGGGGGAGCAAGGACUGCUGCAAAGGUCCUUGAAUGUGGAUUUUAUUGGCCUACUCUAUAUAAAGACAGCUAUGAUUAUGUGAAACAUUUUGAUCGUUUUGACGUUUGGGUAGCUACUUCAACUAAUGAUGCUAAGGUGGUAGUCAAGUUUUUGAAAAAGAACAUUUUCUCUCGUUUUGGCACACCUGGAGCGAUUAUAAGUGAUGAAGGGACUCAUUUGGCCAAUAAGAUUUUUGAUUCCUUAAUGGAGAAGUAUGGAAUAAAACAUAAGAUGGCAUUGGGAUAUCAUCCACAGUCGAAUGGGCAAGCAAAAGUGUCAAAUCGUGAGAUAAAGCUGAUUAUAGAAAAGACGGUGCAAGUUAAUAGAAAGGAUUGGCCUAAUAAGCUUGAUGAUGCGUUAUGGGCAUAUCGGAUAGCUUUUAAAACGCCAAUAGGUAUGUCUCCUUAUCGUGUUGUAUAUGGUAAAGCUUGUCACUUGCCAUUUGAACUGGAGCAUAGGGCGCAGUGGGCAUUAAAAAAGUUGAAUUUCGAUCCGGUAGCAUCGAAAGCAUUAAGGCUAGCUCAACUGAAUGAGCUAGAUGAAUUGCAUCAUGAUUCCUACGAGAAUGCAAGAAUCUACAAAGAGAAGACAAAGAAAUGGCAUGACAAUAAUACUGUCAAUCAGACUUUUCAGGUGGGCGAUCAGGAGCUGUUAUUUAAUUCCCGUCUCAGGUUAUUUCUGGGAAAAUUAAAGUCUCGAUGGUCGGGGCCAUUCAAUGUUACAAAGGUUUUUCCAUGUGGGGCUUUGGAGAUUCAACAAGGUGAUUCUUCGCCGUUUAAAGUUAAUGGGAAGCAUGUGAAGCAUUAUUUUGGAGGUGAGAUUGAGAAGAAGGUCAAUAUUACACUGGUGGACUCUUAA